AUGCUCUUCACUGGUCAUCCGCUUCUUAACACCAUAGCUCUCCUCCUUCAAGUUCAAGGCACCCUCAUCCUCCAACCAACCAGCACAGCGCGUCAGAAGCUCAUCGGAACCCGCUUCCACUAUAUCAUCCAAGGCCUCAGUCUGCUCGCCUUCAUCGCGGCCUUUCUCGUCAUCGAAAUAAACAAGGGUGACCAUGAGCGCUUCACGUCUCCUCAUGGUGUGCUUGGUUUGAUUACCUAUAUUGUUAUCAUUCUGCAGGCGUCUGUGGGCGUGGUGCAGUAUUUCUUGUCCGUUCAGGUUCUGGGGAGUGUUGAUACGGGAAAGAAGAUCUACAAAUAUCACCGUGCGUCGGGAUAUGCUCUGUUAAUGUUAGAGCUAGGGACUGUUACUGCGGCUACUCAAACGACGUUUAAUCUGAAUGCUUUGCAUAUUCCCUUGUGGGGGAUUGUGGUGACAUCGGUUUUGGUUGUUGCUGGCAUUGGCGCGAGGAUUAAGAAGCAUAAGUUGGGACUUUAG